AUGCCUUGUGGUAUCGGGGGGUCCAAAACUGUCCAACGCAAGCUUGUCUUGCUGGGCGACGGUGCGUGCGGCAAGACGUCGUUGCUAAACGUCUUUACACGAGGCUAUUUCCCUACCGUUUACGAGCCGACAGUGUUUGAGAACUACGUCCAUGACAUUUUUGUCGACAAUGUUCACAUCGAGUUGUCGCUAUGGGAUACUGCCGGGCAGGAAGAAUUUGACAGGUUACGGAGUCUCUCAUAUGACGACACCGACCUAAUCAUGCUCUGCUACUCGGUGGACAGCAAGGACUCACUCGAAAACGUUGAGAGCAAAUGGGUAGGCGAGAUUGCCGACAACUGCCCAGGUGUCAAGCUUGUUCUCGUGGCGCUCAAGUGCGACCUGCGGGAGGCGGCCGAGGAGGAAGACGGUGCCAACGAGGAGGCGAAUCCCCGAGAGAAGAAGCCGAUGAUCAAUUACGACCAAGGCCUCGAAGUGGCACGCCGAAUUCACGCUCUCCGGUAUCUCGAGUGCUCGGCAAUGCGGAAUAGGGGGGUCAACGAGGCCUUCACCGAAGCGGCCCGCGUGGCGCUGUCAGUAAAGAAGGAACGCGACGACUCCAAGUGCACCGUAAUGUAG